ACGGAUACACUACGGAGUACAUAUCGCGAUUCGCGAACAUCCAAUGCACUGGUCGCAAUUGGAAGCUGCCUGCGACAACCUGGCGUGAGCUCGCUGACAUUGUCUCUUGCCAUUAUCCGGCCCAUGACAAUAUCCGGGUGACGCCGCGUAACCUCUUUUUCCAAGCCGGGAGCCCAAUCUCAAUCCCAGCUCUCUUUCUUCGGGUGUAAGGGCGGCUUCCCCCGUCAUCGCCCGCCAUGUACUCGUCCGUCGUCCGGCUCCAGAACACCUUUGGCUUCUUCACCACAGUAGCCUUCGUGAUUGCUGCCUUCAUCGCCGCCUCCGACCUCAUUACCCCGCGGACGCCUAGCGUAGGCGUCCUCAAGCCCACCAAUGUCCAAGUCGUCCGUGGCCGUCCGCACUACUACUCCUCCAAGAAGGAAGAGUACGCCAUACUCAAGUUCUCCCUCGACGCCGACCUUUCCUCCCUCUUCACAUGGAACACCAAGCAGCUGUUCGUCUACGUGACGGCCGAGUGGCCGUCGGCAGGCGGGUCCGGGUCCGGGCAGAACGCGACCAACCAGGCCGUCAUCUGGGAUAGCAUCAUCACGGCGCCGAGCGCAGACCACCUGGCCAAUCUGGGCCCCAUCGCCAUGAAGAAGCUGAAGCGGAGCGCGCAGGGCAAGCCUAUCGAUCCUAGCCGCGGGAAAUUGUCGAUCAAGAACCAGCGGCCCAAGUACCAGAUCACGCACCCCUCGGGUAAGGUGGCCGAGCAGGAGGAUGUUGUGUUGAGGCUUCACUACAACGUGCAGCCGUGGGUGGGCUUCUUGACGUGGAAUCAGGACGCCGACUUCUGGAGGUGGAAGACGCUGAGGAACAACCUGAGCAAGAAGUUCGCUUUGCCUGCGAUCAAGAAGAAGGAUGAGAAGAAGGCAGGGGCGUCGAGUUGAAUCACAGAGUAGUUCGUAGUUCAAACGACCUAGAAAAAUACAAGCCCCUUCUUGACGGCUCAA